CCCCGCGUUUCCUAGCAACCACGCUGUCCACAAAUACUGCCUUCCCUUCCUCAACUUCACUGCCUGUCCAUCUCCAUCCAUCGCCACACACCCAAACAGACAUGGAGGCUCUCGAGCAGACGCUGCGCAAAGUGCUGCAGCCAUUGACGCACAACUUGCCCCCGCCCAUUCGGAACACGGCGACGCAACUGCUGGGCGAGUCCUGCUACCGCUCCAUCGUGCACAACAUCAACCUGCGCGACAUCGACUGCAUCAAGCUCGCCAUCUCCAAGGCCCUCGGCAUCGUCAUUGUCAGCACGUCAGCGAUCGUCAAGGUCCCGCAGCUGCUGAAGCUGCUCAACUCCCAGUCCGCCGAGGGUAUCUCCUUCCUCUCAUACUUCCUGGAGACUGCCAGCUACCUCAUCACCUUGGCCUACAACGUGCGCAACGAAUUCCCCUUCAGCACGUAUGGCGAGGUGGCAUUGAUUGCGGUGCAAAACAUCGCCAUCAGCGUGCUGGUGCUGCAGUAUUCCGGCCGUGGGCCAGCCGCGGCCGCGUUCGUUGCUGGCAUUGCCGGCGCGGGCUAUGCCAUGUACAGCGACACCAUCUGCCCCAUGAGCACUCUGCAGUACCUGCAGGCCGGCGCAGGACUGCUGGGCGUGGCAUCUAAGUUGCCACAAAUCCUCACCAUCUUCCAGCAAGGCGGCACCGGGCAGUUGAGCGCCUUCGCCGUCUUCAGCUACCUCUUCGGAUCGCUGUCGCGUAUCUUCACAACAUUGCAGGAAGUGCCGGACAAGCUGAUCCUUUACGGCUUCAUCGCCGCCUGUGCACUCAACGGUGUGCUUGCGGCGCAAAUGCUGUACUAUUGGAACAGCCCCACCAGCAAGAACACCUCGGAGCUCAAACUCGAGGAGAAGGGCAAGCAAGCGGCCAUCGAGGCUACGUCCACCGGAGUUCAAACGAGAAACAAGACCAGUCCGUCGACGCGCCGCAAGGGCUGAGCAGUCUUCCGAGGAGAAUUAUGUAGUUUGC